AUGGAUUCAUUUAAUAAUAUCAAGAAUUUUGAUGAUAAGACACUGCACUUUAUUAAGAAAAUAUUAAACCAAAAAUCACUCGGAAGAUAUAUCCAAUAUAAAAGUAUGACCCUUGGGCGAGUUGAACGCCCGACCCCCCGCUUUCUGCUGUUUCUCACAUUGGAGACGAGUACAAUAACCACUAUGCUAAAGAAUAGCAAAUCAUCAUUCUUUUCUUCAAACCACCCCAAGGGUAAUUCAAAAAUUAAAGGGUCAGAAACUUGCUCCUCAAAUAGUCCAAACUUAAAUAGCUAUUCGUGUAGAACAUCAGCUUACCUCCUGUUUCAUUAUCAAAUGAUGAAAUUGACAACUCUUAAUCACCACCAAAAACAAUAA